AUGGGAUGGGGAAGAGCAGGAAAACUGGAAACAAUCCAUUCUAGGAGACUCAGGCUGGGUCAAAGUCAUGUGCUGCAUGGUAGCAAUAGAUUGGCUUUUGGGCCCAGAGCUUGGGUGCAGAAUCCUGCCUGUCCUUUUGAUGCUGUGUCACAUCCCAGCUGCAGCCAGAUGAAGUAUUUGAAAAAGAUGUGGCAAACAGAAUGUACCAAAUUUAUUCAUAGGGCUCCCUUUCUGGGUUUAUACUGGGAGCUGGGAACACCCCAGAGCCAAGCUCAGGAUUUGGACAGCAGAGGGUGGCAAAGUGCAGCUCACAAAGGGACUCGGGGUGCUGGGGGGCUGCUGCUCGCUCCCCGGCAGCCCGGCAGCUUCGUGCGGCUGAGCAGGUUGAUAAUGUAUGGUUUUGUGAAGGCCAUGGUACACACCGGCCAGUUAAAAGGAUGGGAAUUCCACUUCACUGACUGUUUAUUUUUUGGAUCGCUAAUGUCUGCCACAGAUCCAGUGACAGUCCUUGCUAUUUUCCAUGAGCUGCAUGUGGAUACAGAUUUGUACACACUCCUGUUUGGAGAGAGUGUCCUAAAUGAUGCUGUGGCUAUCGUGCUGACAUACUCUAUAUCUAUUUACAGGCCAAAGGAGAAUCCUAACAUGUUUGAUGCUGCUGCUUUCUUCCAGUCAGUGGGAAAUUUCCUGGGGAUCUUUGCUGGAUCAUUUGCCAUGGGAUCCUCUUACGGUGUGGUCACAGCUUUAUUGACAAAAUUUACAAAGCUGUGUGAGUUCCCUAUGUUGGAGACAGGUCUGUUUUUCCUCCUGUCCUGGAGUGCCUUCUUAUCAGCAGAAGCUGCUGGUCUUACAGGUAUUGUUGCAGUGCUUUUCUGUGGAGUCACACAGGCCCAUUAUACCUACAACAAUCUGUCACAGGAUUCCAAGAUGAGAACUAAACAGUUGUUCGAGUUCAUGAAUUUUUUGGCUGAGAAUGUCAUCUUCUGUUACAUGGGACUCGCACUGUUCACAUUUCAAAAUCAUAUCUUCAAUCCUCUUUUUAUAUUUGGUGCAUUUGUGGCAGUUUUUGUAGCAAGAGCUUGCAACAUAUAUCCAUUUUCUUUCCUUUUGAAUUUGGGUCGAAAAAAAAAGAUUCCCAGGAACUUUCAGCACAUGAUGAUGUUUUCAG